CACUCCAACCACUCUGACUAGAAACAGGCGGUCUGCUCCUUUAACUUGACGGGGGGCUGCAAGUGUAACAUGAGUCCGGAUGAAUAUUGUGCUGCCGGUGCAGAAGCUGCUCGUCAGAGAGAGAGAGAAGAGAGACAUGAUGGAUCCCGUCCCGCUGCUGCUCCUCAUAGUCUCCUCUUCUCCGCUCUGCUCGGCGGUCUACACCGGACCGCUCCAACCGGAGAUCUCCAACGGAUCCUUCCAUCACUUCUUCGUCCCGGACGGAGACUACGACGAGACGGAGGACCCGGAGGACUGCCAGAUGCUGUUCAGGUUCUCCGACGUGUAUCCGUGCGGAGCCUCCGAGGAGAGGGACUCCGUGGUGAGAGACGACUUCAUCAUCACCAAGCUGCAGGCGGAGGACGCGGCGCGGCUGCUGGAGGGCGUCGGACGGACCGUGACGAGCGACCUGGACGGAGAGGACAGCUACGGGGAGUUCCUCCAGAGGGAGAUCUCACAGAUAGGAGAGGCGUUCUCCAGCGUGGACAAGUCUCUGCUGGAGCUGGAGGUGAAGUUCAAACAGAGUCAAGAGAGUGAGCUGAGAGAGGAGCAAGUGUUGAACGGAUACGUGAUGAAGCAAGUGAGUGACGUCAGGGCAUCUCUGAGGACAACUACAGACAUCUCUGUGGGACUGAAGGACAAACACGAGCUGCUGUCUCUCAUCAUCCGCAGUCAUGGGACCAGACUGAGCCGCCUGAAGACAGAGUAUCUCAAUGUUGGCUCAUAGUGGGGCUUAUUCAAAGCUUAGUGUGAGUGAGUGUGUGUGUGAGUGUGUGUGUGUGUGAGUGUGUGUGUUUUUGUGUGAGAGUUGAGACCCUCCAGUUCAACAAAACAACUGGAAAGUUAAUUGUGGCUUAUUAUGAAUAUCCUUCCUGAAUAUCUGAAUAUCUCUGACCUUUGGCUAUCCACCCCAUUCCUUGGACUUGUGUCAUUAAAGGAGCUUCUAACAUAAACAUCAAGACAUUCCUCUGAGUCAGGAGGGAAAAAAGGAAAUGUGAAAUUGUCUCCAUAGUGCCACCUCCGAGGAAGUUUUAUUCAGAAGAAGAGUAUGAAAAUAAAAGCCCUCCAUGUGGAUUCAUCAGCCUUUGAAUCAAUAUUAUCAUUUUUUGUCUUAAAUUAUGUUGUUUAUACAAUUGUAGGUUAUUGCGGAUUAAAUAAAUACUUAUUAUUCAUCACA